AUACCAGGAAAUGUGCAUGCAUGUGUUCGAAAAACAAAGUCAAGGAUAUGUGUGCUGGGGCACCAUCUACAGUAAAGAUUAAAAUGCAGUAUAUAAUAAUAUAGUAUCAGUACAAUAUCAGAUAUCAAUGUGUCACUGGUGAAAGGGGUUAUAUUGAACUGAUAGCUUGCCUGUAUCAUGGAUUAGGUAACGUGUUAUCAGAUUACCUAGAUCAGUAGCUGUAUUUGGAACAUAUAGUAUGGCGGAGCACUGUAGACUCACAUGUUUCUUAAUUCUACUCUUUGUCGGUUUUCCGUUGGGGAUAAUGGUGGCCGUCAUCGGAAUGGGGUCAGCUAGUGCCCUUGGUAUUGCGGGCAUUGUUUUUCUCAUCAUCAUUUUCAUCGUCGUCAUCGUCGUCAUCAUCGCCGUCAUCCGCUGGAGUCACAAGCAGCCGGAAUUACCUUCGGUGCCGGAGGGAUGGGUAGAGGCAGAGAACAUGAACCUAAAUUUACCAGCAUCCACUGUGACUUUAGAAGGAAGAAGCAUAACAUCUUCACAACCUUAUGAGAUGACACCCGGCAAUUGGAUACGUGCGAUGCAGUCUGGAGUAGUUGCCAUAGGAACACAGCCAGGGUAUCCCGAAGACCCCACCCAGCUUUAUUCUAUAGCUGCACGGAACUUACUAAGCGCACCGUGGUGUCCUCCCUCUAUGCUAUCCGCUAACAACCCACCAGCCGCGUCAUCAAUUCCCUACUCCAAACCGGGAGCCACGUUUCCGGUAAACUACACGGCCCCUUACCCUGCACAACCAUCGACUGACAGUGAUAUGGGCGUGGUCAAUCCAACCUCCCAAGAGAACGACAUCGUCCCGCCCCCAUCAUAUAAUGACGUCGUAACGGGUAAUGGAAAAUACGACGAGGUCCCGGAAAUGAACCCGGAAAUGAACCCGGAAAUGAACCCGGAAAUGAACCCAGAAAUGAACCCGGAACUGGACCAACUUAGCUGAACAUCCAAAUGCUUUGCAAUCAGGCGAUCCAAUGUUUG